AUGUUAACAGUUGCGUUUGCAUUGAGCGUCAUCCUCACCGCUUUACCAGGCUCUGGGGGUAGCAAGUGGACUGUGUCCUUCACCAGGAGAGAGAUCUGUGUCUGGGCUGGGACCACUGUCACUCUCCCUUGUUGGUAUGACUACCCAUCAGGACACACUGUCAGGAGGGUGAUGUGGUUCAGGGUCUCUGGCCGGAGGGAGUUUGCCCACCACUCUGACUCCAGCUUGGUUAGCAUGUCUUAUAGAGGAAGGACAAAGUAUACAGGCAGCCAUAAAAGCUGUGGGAUCCAGAUCACCAACGUGAACCUUGGCGAUGCUGGACAGUACCACUUCAGGUUUGAGACAGACCACCCACAGGGACGAUGGACCUCCCCGGACACCGUCUCACUCUUUGUCACAGAGCUUCAGGUUCAGGUCCAUCCUGCGAGGACAGCCAACAUGUUUGGCCCAGGAGAGACAGUGUACCUGGGCUGUAUGGCCAGAGGCUGUGCUGCAGAAGGGAGGAGUCUUGCUCUCUACAGGAACGGCAUCAACCUGGGAUCACCUGAGAAGUGGCUGACCAUCUUCAACUUUGACAGCCAGCACGCUGGUACCUACACCUGUCGCCCAAUCCCCCCACAGAAUGUCCAAUCUCCGCCGCUGGCCUUGGCUCUGGGACAUGCUCCUCGUUCCACAGUGAUUGAGGUGAGUCCCAUGGGUGUGGUAGUGGAGGGGGUCUCUGUGACUAUGACCUGCAACAGCAGUGGGGCUCCGGUGGUGGAGAGCUAUGCCUGGUUUAAGGACAGGGAGAGUGGCAGCAUUCCAGACAGCUUCAGACCCCAGCUCCACCUGAAGAGGGUGUCCCACACCGACCGGGGAGAGUACUUCUGUGUGGCACGCAACCCACUUGGUACAGAGAGGUCCAAACCUGUCCUGCUCAACGUCACAUACUCUCCAAAGAGCACCAAGGUGUUGGUUAGUCCAACAGGAGACAUCAAGGAAGGCUACUCUGUCAACCUGACCUGCAGCAGCAAGGCCCACCCCCCAGUGGACCGCUAUGCCUGGUUCAAGAUCAUGGGGGGUCAGACCUGGGCCAAAGGUUCAACACAGAACCUCUCCUUCUCCAGCGUCCGCUCACAGAACGGAGGACAGUACUACUGCACGGCCUGGAACCAACAUGGACAGGGCAGCUCCUCUGUUUUCACCCUCGCCAUUCUCUGUAAGUAA